AUGGAAGUGCAGGAUGUUUUCGAAACUGCCGCAGACGUGCCAUUCGUAGCAGUGGCUGAGGGUGAGACUGACAAUGUGUUCAAGGCAGCCAUGAGAAAAUUGGAUGGCUACUUUCUUCCGAAGUUAAAUGAAGCGUAUGAGCACCAUGUUUUCAGACAGUUGAAACAAGAAGAGGAAACAGUAGCUCAGUUUGUUUCGAGAUUAAAGCAGCAAGCUAUCAACUGUGAAUUCGGGGAUUUAGACGCAGCUAACAAACAGAUACGUGUCCAGGUUGUGGAUGCUUGCAAGUCGUCCCAAUUAUGCCGUAAACUACUGCAAAAGGGGACGGAUUUAACUCUGGACAAUGUUUUGAGUGUGGCGAGGGCCAUGGAGGCAGUGGACCUCCAAAUGAAACGUAUUGAGGGCAAACCUGCUGAAGUAAAUCGUCUUUCCGACAGGAAACAGGAGAAGAAAUGGGGUAAACCGAGCGGUAAACCAAGUGGUAAAACGUGUUUCUGUUGCGGAAAAGAAGGCCACAUUGCCAAAGACUCCGAUUGUCCAGCUAAAAACGCGACAUGCAAUAAAUGUAAAUUUUUUGGACAUUACGCUGUAGUUUGCAAGACCAAGUCGAAUCGUAAACCAGGCGAGAAACCAGGAAGAGGGCAAGAAAAUGGAGAUAAGCGCGACAAAAAGAGGAAACCCGUACAUUUCGUUGGGACAGCAACAGAGGACGAUGAAUACUCAUUCACAUUAUACCAAGGCGCCGAGAGCAAUAAAGGUGUAAUAGAUGUCAAAGUUGGUGGUGUUUUCGUGCGCGUUUUGAUUGACUCUGGGUCGACAGCAAACGUCAUCGAUAGCGCAACGUGGAAAUACUUAAAAAAACAGUGUGUGAAAUGUGUUAGUGAACCAACUGCGAAACGUUUGUAUCCGUAUGUUUCAAGCGAACCUUUGAAUUAG